AGUGUAACGCAUCCACUCGAUUCUCUAGUUCCGACUGAAUCGAAUGAUGGACUUUACACUCGAUUCCCGCCACUGGGUCCCGAACUCAAAGAGACUGACUUUACAUGCAAUAACUCAUGA